AUGAUGGCGAUUGCGUUUAUCGGAAAGUGUUGUCAUGCGCAGCUAAACAUUCAUCCGUUUUUUCGUUUUGGGAUUUCUCUUUCCCACCACACCACUACCAUUAUCGCGAUUUGUAUCCAAGAUCCUGGACAAUUCGAACAUGAUGUAACCUGCGUGAAGGCGAAUCAGUUCAUUUUGACCCUUCGACUGCAGCGUGAUGGUGUUUGCGUUUAUCAGAAAGUGUUAUCAUGCGCAACUGCACAUUCAUCCGUUCUGUCGCUCUGGGAUUUCUCUUUUCCACCACACCACUACCAUUGUCGUGGUUUGUAUCCAAGACCCUGGGCAGUGUUCGAAAUUCCGGAGUUCAAAAUCAGAAUAAUGUGCCGGCAGCUCUCUCCUGUAUUCCCAUAUGAUUACUACGUUGCUUAUAAGAGUUGUAUUAUCACCGUAUGCGCGCAACACAGCAGCCUCUGCUGCAUAGAAGAAAUUGGAAUUUAAAG